UGUCUUCUCGAGUCGCUGACAUGUUGACAAGUUACUUUUUUGCCUCGUUUGUUUUGUUUUUUCCCUGAAUUCAGUGAAGUCACGCGCUGUCUCCCGCCUAUUCUGUGGUCGAGAGGUGAAGGUUUCAGCUGCGAGCCUGGCGUGUUCUCCCGCAGCUCGGCGGCGGGUGUGUGUCACUGGAGAAAUGUAGGAAGUGAAGUUAGCUUCACUUGCCAGCGGCAGGACGGCGACGAGACGCUUCUCUCGACGGCUCCAACUGUCAUUCGAAAUGGCAGUCAAAACCCCGACAAUACCCUCGUCGCUUUUAUAAGAGUUUGUCUUCACUCCCGCCGUUUUUGUCUUUUUUGUUCAGGCGCAGGUGGAUCCCCCUUUUUUGGUCAGGUUUCAACUGCAGUCGCGACAAACGACGUCAAGGAUGAAAUGAGUCGUUUUCCUGCAAAGGUGAGACUUGACUGUGGAGGACUGAUGCUGCAGUCCAGCCAGUUGGAUCAGGAUGAGCUCUAUCGACGGAGAUGUCCGUGUCGUACAAAUCUACCCCCGACUCUCCCAGGAUUCGCUCACCUAUUGCCCGCUGCAGAUCAGCGAGUGGGACACGGCCAGAACGGUCAUCAGCAAUGCUGUGGUCACGCUGGGCUUGAUCUCCAGUCAGAACUACUGCCUCCUGGAGGUCCAGCAGAGCGGCACCGAGGAGAGGCUGCUGGACGCUGAGGACCAUCCUCUGGAGCGAGUUCUUCUGUGGCCCGCCGAGGCCCAGAAGUGGCACCCGCAGAGCGAUGGCUACUAUUUUAUCCUGCAACUUGCGAAGGACGGAGCGUCAGAAACCGUGCAGGAGGACUGUGAUGAUCUGUGCAACCUCGGUCAUGUGACUGAGGAAAACAUCCUAGCGGUGCUGCGUGAACGUUUCUCCAAGCACAAGAUCUACACCUACGCCAGCAACAUCCUCGUCGCAGUCAACCCCAACAAGUUCCUCCAAGCGUUCUACAAUCCAAAGUUCGUCAAGAUGUACGAGAAGCAGCCACUGGGCAAGUUGAGCCCGCACAUCUUCGCCAUCGCGGACCAGGCCUACCAGGCCAUGCUGAACCGGCAGGCCGACCAGUGCAUCGUGCUGUCGGGUGAGCGGGCGUCAGGGAAGACGGAGAGCAGCAGUUACCUCAUCCACUGCCUCACCGCGCUCAGCCAGAAGACCUACUGCUGCGGCCUGGAGAGGACCAUCCUGGGAGCCAGUCCCGUGCUGGAGGCUUUUGGCAACGCCAGGACGGCAGACAACAGCAACUCCAGCCGCUUUGGAAAGUUCAUCCAGCUGAACUACCUGGAGAGCGGCGUGAUCAGAGGGGCCGUUAUUAAGAAGUGUCUUCUUGAAAAGUCUCGCCUUGUCUCCCGAGACAAGAAUGAGAGGAACUAUCACGUGUUCUACUACCUGCUGGUGGGAGCGUCAAAGGAGGAGCAGGCCGAGUUUCACCUCCAGCAGCCUCGAGAUUAUUUCUACCUCAAGCAGGACACCAUUGACGUAGAUGAUGAGGAGAAACUUCGGCAGGAGUACAAGAGGCUCCAUCAAGCCAUGGAGAUGGUGGGCUUCCUGACCUCCACCAAGAAACGAAUCUUCUCCAUCCUCUCUGCCAUCUUGCACCUGGGGAAUUUGGCAUACACGCUAAAUGAGGACGGUGUGGUCCUGGAGGUGGGACCUGCCGAGGUGCUGUCGACUCUGUGUGACCUGCUGAAGGUGAAAGAGGAGCUGCUGGUGAAAGCUUUGACCAUGAAGAGAGUCAUAACCAGCGACGGCAGCGUGUUCUCGCCUCACACUCUGCAAGAGGCCACGAAGGGCCGAGACUCCAUGGCCAUGUCUCUGUAUGGGGUUCUAUUUGACUGGAUCGUCCUCCGAAUCAACCACGCCUUGCUCAACCGACGGGACAUGGAGGAGUCGGUGUCUUGUCUGUCCAUCGGCGUCCUGGACAUGUUUGGGUUUGAGAAUCUGCAGAAGAACAGUUUCGAGCAGCUGUGCAUCAACUACACCAACGAAACCCUGCAGUUCUACAUCAACAAGCACGUCUUUGAGCUCCAGCAGGAAGAGUACUUGGAGGAAAACCUUGUUUGGGAGAACAUCUACUACACUGACAACAGCGGCUGCCUGGAGCUGAUCGCUCAGCAGCAAACCGGACUGUUCCACCUGCUGGACAAGGAGAGCAAAUGUGUAGCUUCAAACAGCCUCCAGCAGGACACACAGGAAACCCUGAUGGAGAAGUUCCAACAGCAGCACCACGACUCUCCGUUCUUCGUCUCCGCCUCCGAUCAGGAGUCGUCAUUCGUCAUUCACCAUUUCGCUGGAAGUGUGACGUAUCACCUGGAGGAUUUUCGGGAGAAGAACUCCGAGCACAUGAGUGCGGAUGUGGUGUCACUGUUGCGGAGCAGCCAGAAAGGUUUCCUGCACCAGCUGGUGGCAGCCAGCCCUCAGGCCCUGUUCCGCUGGGGUGUCCUCAGGGCCACCAUCCGCAUCCUGGCGCUGUACAAGAGCGUGGGAUGUAAACAGGCGCAGAGGAUGAUGGAGAGAAGGGCCAGCAGAAAGUCCCUGAAAGAGCUGAAGCAGUGCAGAGAGCAGAGAGUCAGCACUAACCGAGUGGACAGACUGUCCAGCCAAAGUUUGACGCUGGAUUUCUCCUUCGAUCGCUCCGACGAACACCCCCUCGACGUGUUUGACAUCUUCACAAACUAUGAGAAGAGAAAGAAAAAUAGGGCGGGUCGACAGAAGCAGCUCAUUCCAAAGAAUUUAAUGGAUUUGCGGUCACUUCAUCACAUUGUGGGUCUCACCUCACAUGACCAGACCAGGAAAUCCAUCUCCCAUCCGCAGCAGGACACCACUCCUCCCACUCUGUGCUCCCAGUUUCAGACGUCAUUCGGAAAACUGAUGGAAACAUUAAACAACUCGGAGCCUUUUUUCAUUUUCUGUUUUCGCUCAAAUGCGGAAAAGAAAGAGUUGCACUUCGAUGACAAACUUGUGCUCCGACAAAUCAAAUACACCGGCCUGCUGCAGAUGGUUCAAAUCCAGAAGGCUGGCUACAGCGCCAAUUACUCAUUCAAGGAGUUCUGCGACAAGUUCCGAUUGCUGCUUCCAAAAGGGGCGUCAGUCAACCCGGAGCACAUCACCGAGCUGCUGGAGAAGCUGAGUCUGGAGGAGAACUCGUACCAGAUAGGAAAAACUAAAGUGUUCCUCAAGCAAAAACACAAGCAGCUGCUGCAAGACACGCUCAACAAGGAAAUGAUGCGUCGACUCAUCGUCCUGCAGCGAUGGUUCCGAGCCUGCUUGAUCAGGCUGCACUUCCUGCAGAAGAAAGAUGCCACCCUGAUGAUACAGAGGUGCUGGCGAGAGUUCUACGACAACCGGAGCCGAGCUGCCACAGUGAUCCAGUCUGCUUGGAGGAGCUCCCUGAAGAGGUCCACGCACCUGAGUGAGGCAGAUAAAGAAGGAAGAGCCCGACCUGGACGAGAAGGCUUGUUGAGAAAAGAGUUGAGGAGGCAACACAACACUGAAGUCAGCCCCAACCGACCGCAGCCGUCCGCGGAGAGAGACAGGAGCAAGGAGGGGAGAGAUGGCCGAGGAGCCUCGCCUGCUCUCAGCAGGCCGCUCUCGGUCCCGCUGGACACCAGUGUGGUCACGGACGACGGCUCCACCAGCCCCUCGAAGAGCUCCCUGCAGCGCUACAAAGACAUGGGUGGUAUUAAGGAGAAGGCCGAGAAGUGGAGGGAAAAGCUGAGUGAAGGGGACGAAUCAAGCCCUGAGGUUCGGAGAAAGAAAGACACUAGAAGAGAGAGCUUCCAGCACAAAGGAAAGUCCAUGUCGGUGGAUGAGCUCUCCAAGAUCAGCUCGUCGUCUGACAGCUCCCCUUCGACAAAGGAGGUCAGAGUGCGUUUCCGCAAGCAGCCCAAGCGCAAGCGGCGGUUAGCCUACGCUCGCAGCGGUUUGGUCAUUAACUUUGCCGGCGCUAAGGAGAGCGAGUACUGGAGCUUUCCGCUGCCGCCGAUGAAACCGGAGGUCCCGGCCAUGAAGACCGCCGCCAGUAGCGUGGAUGUCCGAGCCCUCCCAUCUCAGGGCAAGCCGACAGCAGAGCCGGACGGGUCCAGGUUAAGUCUCCCAGCCAGGGCCAACAAUGACGACUCUGGGCAGCAGGGAUCCAACAGGGACUCGCAGCUCACCACUCCUGAAAAAGUUUGGUUCCUCAGCAGAUUUCUCAGGAAGCGAACCCCAAAAGUCACCUUAAGCAGCGAGCCGUUGUCGCCUGACAAAGCUGUGACCUUGCAUAGUUUCACCCCGAAUCCCUACCACAUGCCGGACCAGAACAAGGUCAGCCGCAAUCCCACGAUCCGCAUCAGCCGCGCCACUCGGGCUCUGCAGUGGAACGUGUCUCUGGACAGAGAGAUCACUGACCCGAAGGAGCUGCGGAACCUGGACGAGUUUCUCGGCAACCAAGUGAAUGACUUGAACACAAGAACCAAAGAGCUGUCAGCAACUGAGACCAUCUUUCUCACCGCCACCAGGGAGUUCCGACACACUAUCAAAGGCAUGUACUCGGUCCAGAAGCCGAAGAUUGGAUACAAAGAUCUGAUGAAGGGCUACCAAAACAAAGUCACCUCUCUGGCUGGCCCGAGGCAGAAGAACGAAGUUUCUCUGGUGGUGAAUCUGUUCCAGUCCGUGCUGGACGGUUUCAUCCGGGGCGAGCUGAAAAGAACCGAGUCUGAACCAGUCAAGGCCACCAAGUCGACCAAGAAGAGAAGAAAGAAGGACAAAUGUCCCGACAGUCCUCUGGAUCACCUGUUCAGCACCUACCAGGUGAACAUCAUGCAGUCAUGUGACCUGUGUGGCUCCUACAUCUGGGGGAUGGAGAAAGCCUACAUGUGCAGUGCCUGUAAGUUAAUCUGUCACAAGAAAUGCCUUUCCAAAAUCAUCACCGACUGCUCCACCCGCUGCGCCCGGCAGGACGAGAACGAACCAGGGUCGCUUCACUUUGGCGUGCAGGUGUGUGUCCUCACCAGCAAGGCAAACCCGGUUCCUAAAGUGGUGGAGCUGCUGCUCAUGCACAUCGAGCUGAAUGGGCUCUACACCGAGGGAAUCUACAGGAAGUCCGGAUCCACCUGCCGAGCCCGGGAGCUCCACCAGAUCCUGCAGACAAAUCCUGAGUCGGCGUCUUUGGAGAACUACCCCAUCCACACCAUCACGGGGCUGGUGAAGCGCUGGCUGAGGGAGCUGCCUGACCCCUUGAUGACCUUUUCCCUCUACAGCGCCUUUUUGCAAGCGGCAGAGCUUCCGGAGAGAUCGGAGAGAAUACGAGCCGUUUACCAAAAGGUGGAUGAACUUCCUCCAUCAAAUUACAACACUCUGGAACGGCUCGUCUUUCACCUUGUCAGAGUUGCCAAAGAGGAGACGCACAACAAGAUGUCGACCAGCUCCCUGGCCAUCGUCUUCGCCCCCUGCAUCCUGCGCUCCCCCCAGGCCGAUGACCCCUUCCUGGGCAUGAGGGACGUGUCCAAGACCACUACGUGUGUGGAGAUCCUGAUUUCCGAGCAGUUAAGACGGUACAAUGAGAAGAUGCAGAACAUCCAGGAGCUGGAGUACGCUGAAGCGCUGGCAGUCAACCAGCUGCGGCUGAGGAGGCAAAACACGGUGAGACACAGCUUACAGCAGCUCUCUUUUUACUGUUUCAUCGCCGUGAUGGUGACGUCUCUGCAGGUGGUGGAGAAGCCCACCCAGCUGGACGUCAGCGACCACGUGGACUCCGACGAGAGGACUCUUAUUGAGAGGAUCAAGUCCAUCAAGCAGGAAAAGGUGGACCUGGCGUGUACGCUACCUGAUCUGGAGCAGGAGAACUCCGACAACGACAACCUAGACUCCGCGUCGUCAAUGAGCACAGACAGCCUGGAUGAUCGUCUGGGUAGUUUGGACUCUGAAGUCAAGGCGAGCAGCAGCAUCCAGAAGCCGGACAGGCCCCACAAACCUCCAGACUAGGCUCAGAGGAUCCGACGCCUGUUGGGUCUCGCUGACAAUAAGCCGAGCGAGGAGACUCCAGACGAGCUCACAGGCUUCCAGGCCAGUCCUGACUCCCCCCCCUCGGAGCCUCAGGACGCCAGCAAGACUCUCAGUGGAAGCUUUGAUGGGCUCGAAAUCCCUUACAUCGAUGAGGACGAGGAUUCCUGAGUUGGAAUUACUGGAAGAUCAUCAUGCAACUGUGUGAAUAGAAGAACUGUGCGUUUGCCAGUGCUGCUAUGGAGACUGUGGAGUAUUUAAAGGCAAAUCCAGCGACUGCGUCUGGAGAACGACCAGCAGUUACAGCCGUGCGCUUCAGAACUCAUCCCUACUCUGACAGAUAAAUGUUCUAAGCCAAUGAUCCUGAUGAGCCAGUUGACAUUCAAGUGCCUCUCUAGAUAAGAAUUCACUUGAGGCCAAAUAAAUGUCCAAAGAAAGUGUUAUACUUCUGUAUUUUCUCCUCAAGUGUGCUGCUCUGACUGAACCCUGAACUCAUGUUCUUGUCUUGUGAAUAUUCGUGUUGCUGCCUUUCACUCUGACUGAAAGUAUUUCACGCAUUUUCCCCCUUCAGCAUUCCGUGUGUGCGUCUCAGCUCACUUCAUGUGCAUGUUUGGCUCGGCCUUGGGACCAAUGUUUUUAUGAGGUGGAGAAUAAAGUA